AUGGCGGCCCCAUUAACGUCUGUGGCCGGUAUGAUGGCCCUCCUAGAUGAAAAAGACGUCAAGUUGCAGGAGUAUGCGCUGCAGAAGCUCAACACGCUUGUGGACCGUUUUUGGGCCGAGCUGGCUGAUUCGCUGGCACGUUUGGAAGAACUGUAUGAAGACGAGGCUUUCCAACAACGACACCUAGCAGCACUAGUCGUUUCCAAGAUUUACUUUUACCUCGGAGAGUUUGAUGAGGCUCUAAGCUUUGCGCUAGGGGCCGAGUCUUUAUUCGACGUGGACCAGCGCAACGAAUACGUUGAAACUUUGGUGUCCAAGGCGAUUGAUCAGUACGUGGUGCAGCGCAGCACACCUGGUUCGCCUGAAAUAAACGCCAACAUCACUUCUAUCAUCAACAAAAUGAUCACACGGUGCAUUGAAGACCGCCAAUACCACCAAGUUUUGGGUAUAGCCCUCGAGGCUCAACGCCUCGAUGUGAUCGAACAUGUGUUUAGCACGACGCAAGACAAGACAUUGCUCACAUAUGUUCUGGAGAUGGCCAUGGGCGUUGUGAAUGCAGUAGAGGUGCGUCGUCAGGUACUGCAAUUGCUAGUGAAGCUCUUCCUAUCCCUGGACGAACCUGACUACUUUUCGACGGCUCAGUGCUACGUGUACUUGAACGAGCCACAGCCGACAUCCGAACUGCUGCGUACGCUGCUCCAGCGCUCUGAUAAGGAUGAUCGUGCUGUGCUUGUUGCAUACCAAACCGCGUUCGACCUUGUCGAGAGCGCAACGCAAGACUUUUUGCAUCAUGUUCGCUCUGAGCUAGAAAAGAUGAAGUUUGACCAAGAAGCUCCAAAGCAGCAAGUUAUUUCGAUCUUGAGUGGUACAGAGACCAUCCGCUUGUAUCGAGACUUUUUGCACGACGCAAACAACGCAGAUUUGAUGAUUCUCAAAAACACCAAGGAUGCCUUGGAUGCCCACUACAGUGCAUACCAUUCGGCUGUCAGCCUGUCCAAUGCUUUCAUGCUUGCAGGAACAGGCAGUGAUCAGUUUUUGCGCGAGAACCUCGAUUGGCUUGCCAAGGCCUCCAAUUGGAGUAAGUUUACUGCUACGGCUGCGCUGGGUGUCCUGCAUCGCGGCAGUCUAACAGAAGGCCUAGACAUUCUUCGCCCCUAUCUCCCGCCUGAAAACAAUGCACCAUCCAGCAGCGUGUACUCAGAGGGCGGAAGUUUGUUUGCCCUGGGUCUGAUCCACACCAAUCAUGGUGAGCCGAUCCUUGAGCUGCUGACCAAGACACUUCGUACCAACACAGCCGAAGUUGUUCAACAUGGUGCAGCGCUGGGUUUGGGUGCAGCCGGCAUGGCUACCGAAAAUGAAGAGGUGUACGAAGAGCUGCGUACGGUGCUUUUCUCGGACUCGGCUGUGAGCGGUGAGGCAGCUGGUUAUGCGAUGGGACUAGUGUACCUCGGCACAGGCUCAGCGCAGGCUACGGAAGAAAUGUUACAAUAUGCUCAAGAGACGCAGCACGAAAAGAUCAUCCGUGGUCUGGCGAUUGGUAUUGCUCUACUGCACUAUGGCCGUGAAUCGGCAGCGUCGGAAACAAUUGACGCCUUGCUUACCCACAAGGAUGCGACACUGCGCUACGGUGGUGUGUAUACCAUGGCUCUUGCGUAUGCUGGCACAGGACACCAUGCAUCAGUUAGUCGGUUGUUGCAUUUGGCCGUGUCAGAUGGCAGUGACGAUGUACGUCGAGCCUCCGUCAUCGCGAUCGGUUUCCUCUUUUUCCGUUCGCCCGAACAUGUCCCUGAGCUCGUGGAGUUACUAAGCGAGAGUUACAACCCGCAUCUGCGCUAUGGCGCGGCGAUGGCCCUGGGUCUCGCUUGUGCUGGCACAGGUCUGGAUUCGGCAAUCGACUUGCUCGAGCCCUUGACCAAGGACACGGUUGACUACGUGCGUCAGGCUGCCUGCAUGGCGCUCGCUAUGAUCUUGAUUCAGCAAAAUGAACAGCUGAACCCACGUGUGCAGGUAGCUCGCACAACGUUCGACAAGAUUAUUUCGGAUCGGCACGAGGAGGCCAUGGCCAAGUUCGGUGCCUCUAUUGCUCAGGGUCUGAUUGAUGCAGGUGGCCGAAAUGCGACAAUUGGACUGCGUGGUCGUGGUGGUAGUUCCAACACGUCUGCUAUCGUUGGUAUGGCUCUGUUUACGCAGUACUGGUACUGGUUCCCGAUGGCGCAUUUUGCCUCGUUAGCUUUUACGCCAACAGCCAUGAUCGGUGUGACGAAGUCGCUCGAGCUCCCUGCACUCGAAUUUGUGUCGCACGCUCCUCCAAGCUUGUUUGCGUACCCGCCGCACCUGCAGGGUCCGAGCGAGAAGAAGCCUGAGAAGGUCGAGACGGCCGUGCUGAGCACAACGGCCAAGUCGCAAGCUCGUCAACGCACCAAAGAGAAGAAGAAGGCGGCUGCUGAUUCGAUGGACACAGAUGAGGCAUUGAAGCCGGAGGAAGAGGAGCCUGUUCAAGACAAACCACAAGAAACAGCUAAGGAACAACCGAAAGAGGAGCACCUGCCGAAUGGAUCGCGAGUGACGCCCUUCCAGCUGAAGUACGUGACGCUGCCACCUGAAGCGCGAUACACGGCCCUGCGUCCAUUGGCCAAGCAGACUCUGCACGACCUCAGUUCGGCGCGUGAAUUGGAUAUGUCGGCUACGGCGAGUCGGGGUGGUAUCUUAAUGUUGUACGACCGAGACCCAUCUGCGCCAUUUGUGCCUGCUAAACCCAAGCCUAAAGAGGACGAGGCCAUGGACCAUGAAGCAGCAGCUAAAGCUCUGGCUGCCACGUCAGACGACGACAACAAUAAGGCACAGACAAGUGUGAAGCGCGACGAUGACAACGAAAAGCAAGAAGCGCCGUCUACACAAGAUGUUGAGAUGGACGAGCAGGCCCAUUAA